UCUCGUUCGCAGCGCAUCAUCAUCACCCUGCGAGAAGUACUGUUGGUACUGGUACCAACGUUGGUUGGUAUUUCCCGCUGAUUGGGUUGUAUCGCGCGAUCGUAUGGGUGAAGAUUGUUUACAGUGAAAUUUCGCAUCCAGUUUGGAACCUGUCGCCACGACUGUCAAUGAUGUUCUUCCGUGAGUGUGCAUACCGACACGUUUUACUCUGAUGUAGAUACUGGACGGAGUGAAGCCUAAAAGUGCAGCAAUGGCUGAGGAGAUGCCCUUUCAAACUGGAGGCCAGGUGGACGGCAUUGUAACAGCCCUCAUAGAAACCCUCGGUGACAAGCAAGAGAAUGUGUGCCGGGCUGUUGUUCAUUCACUGCAAGUUAUUGGCAACCACCAGCCUAACCUUGUUCUUAGCUGCUGCCACAGAUAUGUCUGCAAGGAGCCUAAGCUAUCUUCAUCACACAAGCUCUUGCUUUUCUCGGUGAUGCACGAGGUUUGCAAAAAUUCUGUCGAAAAUCUUGAUAAAACUCUUCUCAUGGAUGUCUGCAAGACAACAAUAGAGGAGAUGACCCAAAUCAAGGACAUUGGAACCGACAGGGAGCGCGUGAUGUGCGGGAUUGUUAUUGCCCUGGGCAGACAGCACCCGCACGAGACCAUGGAGCUGAUGUCUGCCAAGUUUCAGCCAGGCCCAAUGCCCCACCCCCUCGUGCUGGAAACACUUGCGGGGCUUGCGCUUGCAAAUCCCUUUGGCAUAAUGCCCUUCUUGAAAGCCUUGCUUGGGACCAUGCUCCCAAUGUUGGGGGCUGCACGUGCGGAACAACUGAAGUGGGCCAUGGCAUUUGCGCUGGGCAGAUUUUCGGAGGCUAUCCUCGACUACCUCGUCAACAUCGAGAAGGCUCCUGAUCCUUCAGUGCAGAAAGCAAGUUUUGCGAGUGAAGUGGCCAGUGCCUCCGAUUUUCUUCUCAAUAACUGGCUGCAGGCCAGGGAAACGAAGGUCAGGGCGGAGUCUGCGGUCACACUCGGCUGCAUGGCACAGCUGCUAAGCAAAGCAAAGCUUGAGGAACAGCUGCCUAAGCUGGUGACUUCCACCGUUGCCUUAUACCGGAAACAUCAGGAUUGCUAUCCCAUCAGCAAGGGCUUGUGUCUGAUCCUAGAAGCUGCUACUGAAAACAAGUGUUCAUCGUUAGAACAGUAUCUUGAGGGCCUCGUCAAUGCCAUCUUUGCCCAGGUGUGCAAUCCUCCCGAUUACUCUGAGCCUAUGAGUGUUCGCAAUCACAAUGAGUCUCUGCGUUGUUUCACUGUUCUAGCCCCCAUGUUUCCCGACAAGCUGAUUGCUUUUCUGUUAAUGAAAGUUGAAAACAGCAAUGAGAAAGCAAGAAUUGGGGCUCUCACGGUGCUGAAGCACAUCAUCAAUUCUGCAGGUGGGAGGAACAUGAGUCUGGAUGACAGAAUGCGAAACAUAACACAGGGUCUUCAUUCAGUUUUCAACGACCAGAGCAAUAAAGUCAAGAAGGUGUUGGCUCAAGUUAUUGUGGCACUUGCACAUCAUGGCUACCUUGAAAUGGAGGGAGGUCACUCCAUGAUUGAGUUUCUCAUUCGUCAGUGCGCCCUUCCAGAUGACACAACGAAACGUCCCAUGGAUUUUGAUUAUGUGAGCAACGAAGCACUGCGAACGAUGUGCGAAAAUGUCCUCCAGCUUCUGACAACCACCAUUGACAACAUUGAAAAGAUUUUGUGGCCUUCUCUGUUUGAGUACCUGUUGUCAGAAGACCUGACCCCUGCUGUAGGCACGCUUUGCAAGUGCCUUGCUAAUUUUGCCUCCAAGAAGCGUGAACAGUCGACUGCUGUAGAAAUUGACUAUCAAAAGAAUCGUAAGCAGGCUCUACAAAAGUCCAUUCUCUCAGCUCAAACUAAACAUUGCUGCAUUCUUGAGUUUGAUGACUGUACGAAGAAAAAAAAAACAUGCUUUUCAUUGUUUCUUCUUGCACAAGCUGGAGUGCCCAGGCCGCAGGCUCUCCUUGCUCGCCUGUUUGUGAUGUUGGGAGACCCAUUUGCCCACCGAAACCGGGGUGUGCACAUCUUGCGCUUGCUGCGUUGCAUUCCUUCCCUGGUGCACAGGGACAUAGUUGCACUCUGGGACACGGUUCUGCCCCAGAUGGCCUUAAGGCUUGAAGGUGCCCUCGACGACCCCGAGUCCUUGGAAAGGGAGUCAUGGAAGGAGCAGAUCCUUGAGCUGGCUCACAAGUGCUUCCAGGAGGUGGACAAGGAGGACUGGACCAUUUCCGUGGGUGGUGCGAUGCAAGCGCAGCUUCCACUCUACAACGCCUACCCCGAGGACAAGUGCACAUUGUUGCAGUUGCUCGGUGUCGUGAUGAAGAAAGUUGCAAACAAGCAGUUUGUCAAUGGUGCUCUCGACAAGAUCUUUGAGCAUGUAAACCACACUCAUCCGGAGGAAAGAGAGGGGUGUGCAGUUGCAGUUGGCUACUGCGGAACGUCACAUUUGGAUGCUGUCCUGGUCAAGCUUGAGCAAGUGGCCAAGGAUGACCUCAGGAAGAACUCUGGGCUUCUUAGUUUCCUCAAGGAUUUUACGGGCGAUAAUUACCACGAGAAGCUCCUGGCAACCGUUGUCCUGAGCUACGGUCACGUUUCACUGCAAGCCCCGGCGUCGAUACUGACGACAAGGGUGGAGACGCCAAUCCUCAGGAGCGCUGCAAAGUUCUACCAGGCAUCCAAGGACCCUUCGGUUCGGCAAGCAAUGCUCCACACAGUUCGGAUGAUUGCUGACGCGGUUCAUCCAGACCGGUUGCAGGAGGCUUACACAUUCCACUCUCGGGGGGAACUGGUGACCCAGAUGCGUGUCAUGCUCAAGGCUGAGAACCCCACUAUCGUCACGACAACCACACGGGCCCUUGUGCUUCAGGCACUGGCCAGCCUCGUCAAAUUGGAGCCCGUCCUUCCGCCAAGCGAAAGAGUCGUGCUGGUCGAAACCGCUGUCUCGCGCGUAUACUCGCUGCCAUCGAAGAACCCCAGCUUGUUGUAUGACGAGGCAAUCAAUGGCGACGAGCUGAAGGACUACCCCGAGCUAGUUAUUCUUAGUCUCAGUGCUCUGGACCAGUUCCUGGCACAGUUGUUGUUCAAAGACAGGUCCCCAGAUAACUUCCAGCUCAUGAUCAAGGUGCUGAUCCCUUGGCUCACAUCAAAACAGGAGUUUGAGAGGGAGAGAUGUCUCAAUUCAAUCUGGAAGCUCAUGUCGUUCUACUGCGACCACAUUGAAACUGGGGUGUUCCAGAUCUUCAGCUGCUUCGGCUUUGUCCUGGGACUGCUUGUUCCUCGCUGCACCGACCCGAGCCUUUCUAUACGCAACACGGCGCUCAAGUGUGUUCAGUUCUCCUUGGAAAUCAACAACAAGAGCCAGAGUCUGUCUUCCAAGGACGACUCAGACAUUCACCUGGUCGAAGAGCUCCAGCCAAUCAUUCAGAGACCGGACCCUGAUUCUCUCUACUCUGUAACUCAGGGGUUGGCUAAGAUUAUUGCCCAGAAGGUACAGUCCAUCCAGCUCCUUUCGCUGACGACUAGCUUGAUGCUGGGGCUGACGGACCCGAUCUCACAGAGUUCAGCAGGGGCAAGCGUCGUCCUCACCGGGGUUAUAAAGCUGAGAGGAGGGGAACUGCGCGCCGAGGUUGGGCACAUCGUGGAAGAUCUUCGCAAACAGCUCUGGCACAUCCACUGUCCGAAAACAAGGACUGGAAGCCUUCAGAUUGUCAGGACCCUAGCAAAGCACCACCUCAGCCUCGUCGUGAAUGCUCUGCUGUCCUCACCAUUACCCUUUGAUGAGCAAGUGUGUGACUGCUGGAAGGCCCUGGCCAAGGAUCCUGAGACUGGGUCCAACAUUGUGAGCCACCUCCUGGAAAUGUUUGAUAGCCGGGAGGCUGUUCAAGAACAUCCCGACCCGAGGAACCAGAAAGCUACCAUUAAGGUGGCCUCUCCGGAAGUUCUGGCGGGUGUCUGUGCUGUGCAAGAGAUCUUCCGAGUGGCUGAGAUGGAAGGUUGCACCCGGGAAGUGUUUGGCCACGUCUUCUCUGCACUCCUGCUUGUGGCAGCCAGUUAUGUUGGCAUUCCACCGCUUCCUGCUCAGCCUUCUGGUGAUCCCAAGGGAGCGACUGGAGAUCACUCCAAGCUGGUUCCAUUGCGGUGUACGCUACACGCUUUCGAAGCCUUUCUGUCUUGUGCCAGACAAGAUGACGUCGUCAGCGUCAUGUCCAAGGAAGGCCACUGGCUGAGCAUGGAGGAAGAGGAGCUCUUUCCGGAUUCCGUUGCUGUGCUGGGGCGGCUCAUCUGUCAGCACUGCCCGCGCCACGUGCCGGCAAUCAUCACAAGCCUGCACAGCUCGCUGGCGACGCAGAAGGACUCCCAGCGAGUGGCGGUGGUGGCGCUGUUCACGGAGUUCCUGGCCCAGAGCUUCCCGGGGAGCCAGCCCCUGGUGGAGCCCCUGAUGGGCGACGUGCUGGGACGCCUGGUCGACCCGUGCCUGGCAGUGCGACGCCUCUGCAUCCGGGGUCUCGCCUGGGUUGGGCGCGCCGAGGGAGACCUCGUUCACCGCUACUCUGGCACUGUCCUGUCUGCUAUGAUAAGCGGAAUGGACGACAAAGAUGAUUCCGAACAGAAGAUAAUGUUGGAGGCUGUGAAUGGCCUCACAACACUUCUUGCUCAGGCAGAUGAACAUGAUGUCAGCAGUUUCAUUGUCACUGUCUCUCUUCGGUUGCGCAACAUGUUUGAGAAAGACAAGGGCGAAGUGCGUGCAGCUGCCUUCAAGUUGUUUGGUGACCUAGCCAAGUUUGGGCAUGGAGAGUGCAAAGACGCAUUUAUUGAACAGGCCAUGAACAAUUUCAUCACGUUGCUUGUGCAUUUGAACGAGGACGACAGGCAGGUUGUAAAGGCUUGCAAAACAACCUUGAAGAAACUCGGACCCCUUUUGGGGUCUGAAGAGAUUAACAACAUGUUUCAGAAACACCUGCCCAACGAUUCUUAUCUACAUUAUGCAGAGUUCAUUAACGACCUCUCAAAAGUUGUGGUGAAUGACUUCGAGGAGCACAUGGCUAAUUUUGUGACCCUGUGUUUGGGACAUCUCAAGAGCCCUCAAGCUGUGAUUCAGUGCAAUGCUGCAUUACUUUUGGGUUUCCUGCUCGGCAACGCACCUGCAGAAAUGCACGACUCCCUUCCCUACGACCGGGUCUGUGCAGCAUUGAUUGUGCUUCUGAAGGCGGACACUGUCGAGCAGCGUACAAGGGCAGCCGAGGCGCUGAGCCUGCUGCACAACUACUGAGACGACGAGAGGCCUGUGGGACGCGUGUUUUUCAAGAUUCUGUUUUGUCUUUCUAGGUUUCAAUGAGGCCUGCACCCAUUAGGUUGAGCAGUGGCACAAUUAUCUGUACACAUACUAUCGCAUAUCAUUGAUUUGUACAAAAACGGUGGCGGAGCUAUCUGGUCGGGGAUAUCACAUAGACUCUCUCACCAGUGUACGAUAAGUUUGACGUUUUUUUUCUUUUUCAAUGUAAGAAAGAUUACAAUGGAGUUGGUUAUGAUUGAGCUCAUCGAGAGAAAUGGAUGGCCGUCGGAAACUUCUCCCGAGUCUUGGCAAAACAGCAUGCUAGGGAAAUACCAACUCGAAGUUGCUUCUGUGGUCGGUGGCAUCUGCAAUCAUGGCCUUGCCCACUUUCUGACAUUACUGGGUCGUCGCCCCCCCCCCCCUCCCCCCCCAAGUUGCAUUAGAGCCUCUCUCUUCCACUGGUCCUCUGCAUUCAUGUGUCGGGUCUCGGGUCAAUGUCCAGGCUGGCACCUGGUCGGGGACUUUUCACCAUUGUUCAAAUGGUGGAACACGUUUAUGCUUGCAUGGUUGGACUAAAACGCUAAAUAGGAGAAUGAAUUCCAAGUCUCCAGUUGUAUCUUCCAUUAUGUCCGGUGUUUUCAGGCUUGCGAGGGUCAGUGCAACACAAGCCCAGCCUCAUUAUCAGCGGGGCAUGGUAACUUGUUGCGAUGGUUGCGAGUGCUGCUGCUCACAACUUAGAAAUACCGCUGUCGGUUCGAAAUACCGCUGCGGUUCACAACGAUCUCAUUGUGAUGCUAAUGGUGAAGGCUGCACUAUGCUAAACAACUUCCAGCACAUUUCUCUUAACUGUAUAUUUUAAACUGGCUCAUAGAAGUUGUAGAGAGUGCCAAAGUCAAGAAAGUGCAGACUGUUUUGCUCGUACAAGUCAUUAGCACAGUUAUUCAACGAUGCAACUCGUAACGGCUGCACCUUUGCCGAUUUCGGGAACUAAGUACCGUUGUAAGAACCACUAUUUCAAUUUUACUGGCUACAUUGCAAAGCAUAGCCAACAAGUUGAGGUUGUCGCCACUUGAUUAUCUGCAAGAUUGAGUGAUAUAUAAAAUUUUGUUGUUCUGUCAAUUCAUUGGGCAUGAGCUAAAUAAAGGUAUUUUAGUCUUGAAA